UGACCCACGCUCUUCGCCGGCCGCCAUUUCUUCGAAUAAACAACGACCGCAGAGGUUCGUGUAGUGUUUGUGAGAUUUUUAUUCGAGAAAAUAUUAGAUUCCCAAUCAAAAAUGUCAGAAGUCGAAGCAGCCAACACCAAUAAUACAGGCAGCGAAGAAAAUAGUCAGAAUGAGAAGACACCUAAAGGUAGAAAAUCCAAAUCACCCAGAGUGUCUACCCUUGACCGUGUCCGCGAAGAAAGUGAGGCUAUUACAAAGGGACUAGACUCUCCUAGUGGCAGAAGAAUAACGCGAUCUUCAGCCAAAGGGGCUACAGCAACACCUCCACCACCAGCGAAAAAGGAGCGCAAAAGCGCGGCAGCGGCGACUCCUGGCAAAGCCAGAGGACGACCUGGAAGGAAAUCCUCGGCCGCCGCCGCAGCAAAGGCAGAAGCAGAAGAUAAUUCUUCAGAAGGCAAUCAGGAUGAAAAUAAAGAGUCGUCUGUAGCAGACAGUGAUGAAAAGAAUGAAAAAGAAUCAGAAAAUGAGGAUAAAAAUGACUCUGAGGCCAAAUCUGAGGCUGAACCAAUGGAAACCAACUCCCACAGUGAGAAGGAGGAAUCAGCCAAUAAUAAUGCAGAUGCUACAUCCUCAAAAGAAAACGAAGCAACCGAAAACGGGGCAAAAGAAGACGAAGACAUCACAGACGGUGGUGAAGGCGAAGGCGACAAAGAGGCGGAUCCGCCUGCCGAAGUGAACAGUCCCUCCAGUACUAACCAAGAAGAACCCGAAAAAUCCACAGAGACGACCUCAUCGACGUCCGAAGCAGCAGCAGUACCUGAAAAAGAGUCGUCGUCAGGUAAAGAUAAAACGCCAUCGUCGACGGAGAAUGAAGAUCCGGAAAAACUGGAAUAAUUAUUCUCACACAAUUAAUACAUUUCAACUUCACACUAUUCGUUUUUUUUCUAUCGUUAUUAUUUGUUCUUUUAAAUAAAAGAUUAGAUCGAUUUUAAAAAUCAACGCCCCUAAAAAGGUGAUUUUUGAGACAUUGAACAAACUUUUUAUGAGUUAAAGUUUGUUUAAAAAUUUCGGAUACAGCUUUCGUAUUUUCAAUUACGUAUUUCCUGCUGAUAUUCAGUAAAAGUUGUCUUCUUAGGACACUACCCGCGUUGUUCUUAAAAUUCAAUAUUUGAUACUAUGGGGUUUGAAAAUUAAAAAAAAAAAAUAAUGUAAUAUUUUGUUCAUAUCUGUAAUUUAAUUGGUCAAAACACGUAAAUAAUACCAUUUAUAAUUAAGAAUUGAUUGCAAAUUACUAGAUAUCUGAAAUCGUUUUGUUAGCUUUGCAUAAACAAUUAUUAUUAUAGUAAGGUAUGAUUUUAGAGUGAUUGAUAAAAUAAUAUAAGUUGUAAUUGUAUUCUUUUCAUAUAUUGGUUUGUACAUUUAAUGGAAUAAAAGCAGUGAUUUUAAUUAUCACGAUGCAGUUGAGCUGCUAAAAUAUGAAAUAAGUUAGUCGAUUGGUUGCUACUCAAACCAAUAUUUUGUGUAAUAAAUAAGUUUUAAAGUUCAUAACGUUCAAACAAAAAAUGCAGGACGCGCUCUGAUUAUAGUAAAUUCUUUGACAAAUUGACAAAAUUCAUAAUAAGGGUGACACGCAGGAAAUAGUUUAGUUCAUUUUUGGGAUGGAAAGGGAACUUUGCCGAUAAAUUUAGGUGGUCUAAAUUAAAUUAUUAUUAUCCUCUAGUUCUCAUGAGUUGUUUGUAUUUUUAUAGAACUGUGUAGUAAUAUAUUAUUUUAUUUUCCUUCAACGUGAGUAAUGAACCUUAUUUUAUAUUAUUAUUGUAGUGAUAAUUUAUAAUGUAUGGUUAACAAAUAAUAUGAAAAUACAUUUUCAUUAGAAAUAAUUAA